GCUAGUCCACUAAGGAGAAAGAGAUAUCUAUCACAUUAAAACCUAAUAAAAGACAACUCAAAACGCUUUUAUAUUGCUGCUUUGCGUUUUCUAUCAACACUUCUCUCCUCUCUCAAAACUCCGCGGCGCAGAUCCGAGGAGUUUGGGAAACCCUAUCUCUCUCUAAAUAUCAACCGAAAAAAGCUCAAAAAACUACCCUUUCUUCCCCCCUCUCUCUCUCUCUCUCUCUCUCUCUCACACACACACACACACACUUCCUCUCAUUCUCUUUCUUUCCAACCUUUCUAUACUCCUUUUUUCCCCAUCGCUCCUACUGUUUUCAUCUGCUUCAAGUCAUGGCAGGUUUGGCACCGGAAGGAUCCCAAUUUGAUGCUCGCCAAUAUGAUCAGAAAAUGACUGAGUUGCUCCAAACUGAUGGAGAUGAUUUUUUCACAAGUUAUGAUGAAGUUUAUGACAGUUUUGAUGCCAUGGGACUUCAAGAGAAUCUUCUGAGGGGUAUCUAUGCGUAUGGUUUUGAGAAGCCUUCUGCAAUUCAACAACGAGGUAUUGUUCCAUUUUGCAAGGGUCUUGAUGUUAUUCAGCAGGCACAGUCUGGAACUGGGAAGACAGCAACUUUCUGCUCUGGAAUUCUACAACAACUUGAUUAUGCUAUGGUCCAAUGCCAGGCUCUGGUUUUGGCACCCACUAGGGAGUUGGCACAACAGAUUGAGAAAGUGAUGCGGGCUCUUGGUGAUUACCUUGGUGUUAAGGUCCAUGCUUGUGUUGGGGGGACAAGUGUUCGUGAGGACCAGCGCAUUCUUCAAAGUGGUGUUCAUGUUGUUGUUGGCACUCCUGGUCGUGUCUUUGACAUGUUGAGGAGGCAGUCACUCCACCCAGAUUAUAUUAAGAUGUUUGUUUUGGAUGAGGCUGAUGAAAUGCUUUCUCGUGGUUUUAAGGAUCAGAUCUACGAUAUCUUCCAGCUGCUGCCAGCCAAGAUUCAGGUGGGAGUAUUUUCUGCCACAAUGCCACCUGAAGCCCUUGAGAUCACUAGGAAGUUCAUGAACAAACCAGUGAGAAUUUUGGUUAAGCGUGAUGAGCUCACCCUCGAGGGUAUCAAGCAGUUUUAUGUGAAUGUUGAAAAGGAGGAAUGGAAGCUUGAAACUCUUUGUGAUCUCUAUGAGACCCUUGCCAUCACCCAGAGUGUCAUUUUCGUGAACACAAGGCGCAAGGUUGACUGGCUAACUGACAAGAUGCGAAGCCGUGACCACACAGUUUCUGCCACCCAUGGAGACAUGGACCAGAACACUCGUGACAUCAUCAUGCGUGAAUUCCGCUCCGGUUCUUCUCGUGUUCUCAUCACAACUGAUCUCCUUGCUCGUGGUAUUGAUGUGCAGCAAGUGUCUCUAGUCAUAAACUAUGAUCUGCCGACUCAACCAGAAAACUACCUCCACCGUAUCGGACGAAGUGGAAGGUUUGGAAGGAAAGGUGUUGCCAUUAACUUUGUGACUAAUGAUGACGAGAGAAUGCUGUAUGACAUCCAGAAGUUCUACAAUGUGAUCAUUGAGGAGCUGCCGUCAAACGUCGCUGAUCUCCUUUGAUGAGAUUACCUUUUUUGAAAGAUUAUUUGAGGCAAAGGGUUUUGUUGUUUUGCAAGUCCUAUUUUAACGUGCGCUUUUCUUGUUUCUUUUUUUUUUUUUUUUCUUCCUUUCUAGUUUCUUAAGUUAAUGUUGUUCUUAAAAACAUAUUUGACCAUUUUAAUGAUAUGGUUCCUGCACAUUUUCCAGAUAA